AUGUUUAUCAGAAGAUCAUCUAUCAAAUUAUUUAAUAGUAGUUUAAUAUCACAAUCAAUCAGAUUAGAUUUGAACAAACAUGUCAGAUUCUACUCUUCGAAAUUAAAUAUUACAUUUAAAGAGGUUGGUGCAGAAGGUACAUUUGAUUAUCGUGUAAAGUACUUCAAAGAGGAUAGUGGUGAUCAAAUAUCGCCAUGGCAUGAAAUACCAUUGGUUAAUAAAUCCAGCAGUACUGAGAACACCAUCGUCUAUAACUACAUCAAUGAGAUGCCAAAGAAUUCAAAUGCAAAGAUGGAGGUUAAUACAAAAGAGCUUUACAACCCAAUCAAGCAAGAUAUUAAGAAAGGCCAACUCAGAUAUAUAAAGCACGGUAAUUUGCUAUUCAAUUAUGGAUGCCUACCACAGACUUGGGAGAAUCCAAAGUUAGCCGAUCAUCUCACUGGUUUGAUGGGUGACAACGAUCCGGUUGAUGUCGUUGAGGUCGGAUCAAGAGUUAUUGCACGUGGUCAAGUGAAGCAAGUGAAAGUACUGGGUGCAUUAGCACUUAUUGAUGAAGGUGAAACCGAUUGGAAAGUUUUGGCAAUCGAUAUUGAAGAUCCAAAUGCAAACAAAAUCAAUACUUUGGAAGAUCUUGAAAAGUUACAACCUGGUACAGUUGAAAAAGUUAGACAUUGGUACAAGGUAUACAAAGUUGCCGAAGGUAAAGGUGAGAAUGAAUAUGCAUUGAACGGUCAACCAAUCGACAUCAAACAAACACAAUCUGUAAUUUCAGAGACACAUCAUUAUUGGAAAGACCUAAUUGGAGAAAAUUAUAAAUUCAAAUUGGAAUAA